AUGGCCGUCACCGCCUCGCCCACCUCGCUCGAGGCUAAGCUGGUCGUGCUUGGGUCGCAAGGCGUCGGCAAAACAUCGCUGGUGCAUCGCUAUGUCAAGAACUCCUUCAUCGAUCCCAACAAGGCCCAAUCGACCGUCGGUGCCUCCUUUCUGACCACUCGCGUCAACGACCCCGAGUCUGGUGCCCAACUUCGUCUACAAAUAUGGGACACUGCAGGGCAAGAACGCUUCCGAUCGAUUUCCCGCUUGUACUAUCGAGGCGCCAACGCUGCCAUCCUGUGCUACGAUGUUACGAGUAAGAAGUCGUUCGAUGAGAUGGGUGCAUGGUUGAGAGAAUUGCGAGAGAAUUGCGGUGGGGCCGAAGUGGAAGAAGAUAUGAUAUUACACAUCGUCGGCACAAAAAGUGAUGUCGUUGCGGCAGAUCCAACAAAGAGGGAAGUGCCGUUUGAGCGAUGUAUAGGCUAUGUCGCGGAACAGCUGCUCCCUCCAGGAGGACCGAUGAGCCCACAGGUCCAGCCCAUCAGCUGUCCACCGAGUCGGCAUGGUCUCCAAACUCCCGCGAAUGGCAUCAUCAACAGCCCGAACAGCAAUCGGAGUUCGGGCUUCUGGGGCCAAAGUGACACCACUUUCGUAUGGGAUUGCUGCCAUGAGAUCAGCGCAAAGGACGGCGAAGGCAUCGAUGAGGUCUUCCGUGUUGUGAAUAGAAAGCUGAUCGAGCAAAAUGCGAAGCGGCAGGAACGACAACGAAUGCUAGAGGAGAUGUCCAUCGGCAAAACACCCGGAGCUGAUGGAAGUGUAGGGACACCAGGCUGUUACUUCGACCUCCCAAAUGGAGGCCAUGGUAGUUUCCGACUCGGUCAUGGCGAUAAGCGACGAAGCUGGCUCGGAGCUCUAACACCCGGAGGCAUUACAAACUACAGCGAACACGACCACGAGGAAGAGGCCAAGAAGGGCAACAAGCAGGGGCGUUGCUGUUGA